UGGCGGCCGUCUGCAGUGUGGAGUGGCGGAGCCGCGGGCGGCGGCAGGGCAGCUCCGCGCCCGGGUCGGGAUGUUGGCGCGCGUACGAGCAGGAGUGUCUCCGCCAGCCGCGCUUGGUGCGGGGCGCGCUCAGAGCGGGUCACGCAGGAUCGUACGGAGGCUUUUUGCUUCAUUGGAGGCUCGGGUGCCCCCCGCCUUGGGAUUCAAAACCAAAUUAAUUUUCCCCGAGAAAUAGCUGGAGUGCACUGGAAGCCAUUGAGCAGUCGUUUGCUUCUCUGGAGGCUGUUAAAACAUGCUGAGGAAACGCUGUGGUACUGUGAAGCAAGAAAUAUGGGACAGCUAAUCGCAAGGAGGAGCCUGCUUUAUUUUCUGCUUUUCUUUACUGGCUAUCAUGAUUUACAAGGUAGAAACGUGAAAAGCCAACCCUGCUUUCCGGGACACAGAAAUGUGAAGAUGCCUCGGAGUGUCAGAAAUGGAGCUUUAUCCUCAGAAGCACCUUUUUGCCUGAGGGCUCCGUUCAGUCGUUAAAGGCAAGGGCUCAAUAACCUGUGGUGAUUAGGUGGCAGCAAGGAAGGCAGGAACUUGGCCAUGGGGUACGACAAAGGCUGGAUCUCGAGGAACGAGAGCGAGCAUGCCCCGUACCAGGCUGUCACCAGAGCUCUGGAGAUGAGGAACUCCUCGGCUGGGCAGAUGGUGUGGCAGGGUGGGAACAGCAGUGAGGCUGGUGCCGCGGAGAGCGAGGAGCACGGCGAAGAGCAGACCUACAGGCAUUUCACUACCACGGUGCAAAUUGUCAUUUUCGUGGGCUCUUUGCUGGGUAACAUCAUGGUGCUGUGGUCAACUUGCAGAACAUCGGUACUUAAAUCUGUAACAAACCGAUUCAUUAAGAAUUUGGCCUGCUCGGGGAUCUGUGCCAGCCUAGUCUGUGUGCCUUUUGACAUUGCUCUUAGUGCCAGUCCACACUGCUGCUGGUGGAUCUAUACGAUGCUCUUCUGCAGAAUUGCCAAGUUUCUGCACAAAGUCUUCUGCUCAGUGACUAUCCUUAGUUUUCCAGCCAUUGCUCUUGACAGGUACUACUCUGUUUUAUACCCUCUGGAAAGAAAAAUAUCUGAUGCAAAAUCCCGAGACCUGGUUAUCUAUAUCUGGGCCCAUGCAAUAGUGGCCAGCAUUCCAGUAUUUGCUGUGACCAAUGUGUCUGAUAUUUAUGCCAUGUCCACCUGUUCUGAAUCUUGGAGUUAUUCCCUUAGCCACCUGAUAUACGUCAUCAUCUAUAACAUCACCACUGUGAUUGUACCAGUGGCUGUGGUAUUUCUCUUUAUGAUUCUUAUUCGCAGGGCACUGAGUGCCAGCCAGAAGAAAAAAGUCAUCAUAGCUGCCUUAAGGACCCCUCAGAAUACCAUUUCUAUCCCUUAUGCCUCCCAGCGAGAAGCUGAGCUUCAUGCCAUGCUGCUUUCCAUGGUUAUGAUAUUUAUUUUCUGCAGCGUCCCCUAUGUGACUUUGGUGAUUUACCGCACCAUACUCAAUAUUUCAGAUAUUUCAGUCUUCUUGCUCCUCACUGCCAUUUGGUUGCCCAAGGUCUCUUUGCUGGCCAAUCCUUUGUUAUUUUUAACUGUUAACAAAUCAGUACGGAAGUGCUUAGUGGGGACAAUAGUACAGCUGCACCGAAGGUAUAGCAGGAGAAACAUUGUCAGCUCAGGUGGUGUUGCAGAUGCUAAUCUGGAGCCCAGUGCCCGUUCAGGGAGCCAGCUUCUGGAGAUGUUUCAUAUUGGGCAACAACAAAUCUUCAAGCCAAUGGAAGAUGAGGAGAAUGAGACCAAAUCCAUUGGCUCUGGUGACUUUCAACAGAAAGAAAUUCCUUCCACCAGUUUAGAGGUAGGAAAGACUUUGGUUCACAAAUUUAUACCACAGACGAUUGCAGACUCUGCAGCUCAGGUGGCACCAGCUGUGCCCACAGAAGCUGAUAUGGUAAAUGACAAGUAUUCCAUGCAGUUUGGUUUUGGACCCUUUGAGCUGCCUCCACAGUGGCUCUCAGAAAACCGAAACAGUAAGAAGCGACUCCUGCCUCCUUUGGGGAAUACCCCUGAAGAGCUAAUCCAGACAAAACAGCCUAAGUGUAAAGCAGAAAGAAAAAUCAGCAGAAACAAUAAAGUCAGUAUCUUUCCCAAGGUGGAUUCUUAGUAAGAGCAUGAGCUUUAAGUGACAGAGUAAGGUCGCUUUCUAUUAUAUGUGUGAUCCCAUGGAUCUUUGUUAUGCUGAAAUUUGUUACAGGCUGAUUUUUUUUGUGCCAAAUACAAUUUAAACAAACAAAAGGGAAACAUAUAUACAAUGUUCCUUAUUAAUAUGCUUUCAUGGAAGUAAUGUAUCAAAAGAUGGUGAUUCUUAGUUUUAUCUGUGAAAUGCCUACAAUGAUACCUGCCUGAUUAACUUUCAAGAAGUACAUAUGGCUUUGGGAACACUUUGUAUGGCUGAAGUAUGGAAAUACGGCAGUCAGUUUGCUGGGAAACCUCAUGUUGUAUUAAAAUAGACUGGGUAUCAAAGUAACUUAAUAGGAAAGGCUGUAGGGAGCAGAAGACAGAUGCAAAAUAGGAAGUUCUAGCCUACCGUAAAUAGACACAGCAAGGUUCUGCACAUUUCAUUAAUGAAGUAAGAUGGACUGUUAAGUACAUCUAUUUUCUGUUAAGCCCAUUUCUUAAAUCAGUGUUAAAAAUAAAACUUGCUGGACUUUUUGCACAGAUUAGUUACCAAGUAUCUGCCAAACACCCCAACUUUUUUGAAACCUAAACCACUAUUUUUUGGCUUAAAACUUCAGCAAAGUCAAGGAUAUCCAAAUCGUGAUGUGUGUCAAACCUGAGAAAGACCUUUUUUUAAAAAACAUACAUUCUUGUACUUUUAAGUAAAAACCGAAUUGGAGACCACACAGGACAAAUCCUGACUCCAGUAAACAAGUGUGUAUGUGCCAAGGGCAUAAAUAAAACACUUUGAUCCUGUGAUAAAGGGCAUAUACAAAUGUCCCAACAGUAUAACGUGUGUAUUGUGUAAGUAACCAAGGGGUCAACCUUAAAAUAGCCUCAUCUGCUGGUGCACUUUGCUGUUUUCUUAUGGGAAAGCUAGCAAAUGAAAUGCGUCAGAAAUGCCAGUAGCCUUGUACUGAACUGCUGAGUGAGGAAGCUGAUAAUAGACCCCAAAAGGCAAGGUUUAUUAAUGCUGUUGCUCACUGUUGUCAGAGGUAGGGAGGUUUUCCUUCUACCUUCACAACCAUCCUACUCCACUUGUGUCACAGAGUAGACCACAUGGGACUUUCAAAUCUGGUGCCUAUUUACUGAGUGAGUCAGAGUCCUGCCAUCCCUGGUAUCAGCACACCAGCCAUUCUAUGAGAGUUCAGGCAUUGUACUGCAGCUUGCCCCCCUGCAUCAUCACAGGCAUAUUGUCUUGUUCAUACUGAGCGUGAAUUUUAAUCUAUAUCAGUCUGUUAGAUGACCUGAAACUAUUGUAACCCUGGCAUUUUAAUCCUUGGCCAGUUGCAAGUAGUCUUUCCUUCUUCCUUAUCUGCAUUCACUGUUGUCUCCGUGGGUAGUUUCUUAAAAGCACAAUCUAGUAACAUCUGUGUACUCCUUGUGGUUCUCCUGUACUUUAGCCCUUCGGUGCAUGCUGAACCUUUAUCUGUAGUUACUGCCUGUUUAUGAAAGUAGUUUUCUUUAAAGCAUACUUUUAAAAGGACAAGGUGAAGAAUCUUGCUAAGUUCACAGUAACUUACUAAAUCCAACUGGUUAAUGUUAAAAGUGAGAAAAAAUUCCGCCGAAGCAGAAUUUGGAGAUGUACUUGUUCUUCCUUUGACAUGUUUGAAGAAAGUCAGCAGCUUCCGAUGGCUCCAAGGUGGUGGAUUUCUACAAGGCAUUAAAAGCAAGGGUUUUAAUAAAAAUGUAUUAAGAAAAAAAGUUUAUAAA